UCCUAUGGUCACAUCACUACAUUACCUACUUUUUAAGUUUCUUUUAAUGGGAGCUCAAGAAAGUAACUGUAUUAUGCUUUAAUAUAAGAUGUUGUCUUUCUGUUCUUUUUCUUUUAUAAAUUGUUAUAGGUUACUGCAUUUUCCUGCGUCUUACAAUAAGUAACAAGGUACGUAGGAAGCGCGCUUUUGCAACCCUCUCUAAACAAGUAAGCACAUGCCAUACUGUUUUCAUCGCUGGAUAUCCCACCUGUGCCUCCUUUACCUGUGUCGAUCGAGAACAACCACUUCCUCAGCUUUUACCCGUCUUCUCCCGAGUGACUGGACGAAGCCACAAUGAAGGACAGUAAUACAGAGAACAUAGAGAGGAUUUUUGACGAGGCACCAGCUGCUAGGAAAGCUCUUCUUGACAAUCACAGCAAUCUCAACAAGGUGGCCGACUACUGUGAAAAGAACUACCUAAAUGUGGGUGACACUAGAAAAGCAGUGGAGGAGUCCAAAGCCCUCACCACCCAGGCCCUGGCCAGUGUUGCCUACCAGAUCAACACACUGGCAACAAGUGUGCUGAAACUACUGGAUGCCCAGGCCAUUCAGCUCAAACAGAUGGAAUCCACGGUCAAUCUUCUAACCAUGACAGUGGACAUGUAUAAGGAGAAGGUAGCACGGCAGGAGAUCGGUUUGCUGACUACUUCAUGCAAAAUACCCAGCACUGAGAAGAUUGUUCCCCCUCAAACCAUCCAAGGUCCCAUCUUGGAGUAUGAGCAUCUUCCAAUAUCCUACGACAGUCUGGACUCACUGGGACAUGGAUGCUGGGAUGCGAAUAAAGCAGCACUGAAGAAAGAGGCUGAAAAGAUCACAACUAUCCAGCAACCAAGCAGUCAUGAAGGGCCACAUUUAUCUGGGGCCAGUGCAGGUAUUGCUGUUCCACCCCCAUCAGUUCCUAACUGGCCAGGCUUUAGAACUGCAGCUCCUCAAACAUAUGCUUCUCCUCAGCCUCCUACUUCUGCUACACCAAUAUCCUUUCUGCCUCAACCUCUGAGUUUCUACACAGAUACAACAUCACCAUCUCCUCCACCUUGUCUAGGUGUUGAUAUUGAAGGCCUUCCACCUCCACCACCGGUAACUUCUUCUCCAAAUCCACCUCCUCCCUCCGACCCUACUUAUAGAGACUCAUUUUUGCCACCAUUCCCAAGUCCCCAAUCUGAGUUCAUGAGUCUCCCCCCACCCCCUUCCCCCUCUCCUCCACCUCCUCCACCACCUGACUGUGAAGGCUUGCCUUUACCACUACCACCCCCAACUCCCCAAAAUGCCCCCAGGAAUUCUCCUUCUUCUUAUUAUUAUUCUCAUAGUACUGUACGGGGUCAUGUUCCUCCACCACCUCCACCUCGCUUAGAUACUUGUCCCGGAGGCCUUUCUCCACCACCACCUACAUCUAGCUCUGCAUUUAGAGGCUCAUCACUGACUCCACCACCACCACCCCAACAAAACACUUCUAUAACACCUCCUCCCCCACCUCCUGGUCUGCCUCCUCCUCCUCCUCCUGUAAAAGGUCAUGUUCCUCCACCACCACCCCCACCUCAACAAAACACUUCUAUAACACCUCCUCCACCACCUCCUGUGGCAGCAGCAUUCCUUAACGUAAUGUUAAGCAACUUGAAGCUGCUGAGGGGAAAGAGAGCAGGGGAACCGCACCAAGAGGUGGGAUGA